GAGGCCGCGCAGGGGAGGCCUGGGCGGGCCGAGCCCGGGCUCUGGUCCCGGCCCGGGCUUCUUCCGGCUCCCCCUCCCGGGCUCGGUCUGCCGGCUCCCCUAGGCGCGCACAGCUGGCCCUGCCUCGCUCUCCACGGGCCUCAGCGCCGCCUUGGCCCCCACCGCUGCCGUCGCUGGGCUCGUUGCACACCUUGGGGCUCGGAGAGGAGCAACAACGCGCCCUCGAGCUGGGGCGGUGUUCCGCACUUCACGCAAGCCCCACCGUGCAGCCGAGCUUCAGUUUGCCCCUCCUUAAAGUGGGGAAAAGAAAGUCGCUUCGCAGGAUGUUUGUGGAUUUAGGGAGCUAGUAUGUGAGAGAAGCGUUUAAUACCAACAGGUGAGCCCUGUUCUCAGAGGCAGCUGGUGCUGACCCUGUGACACAAAAGAGAAAAUUGUGGGCUGAGCUGAGUCUUGGUACUGGUGCAUUUCCCCCUUUGUUGUUAAGAAACAGGUUCCUGAAAAGUGGGCUUUGUUGAAAAGGAAGCAGAAGACAAGGCCUGUGGCCAUCAUGUCCUUGAAGAUCCAGACAAGCAACGUAACUAACAAGAAUGACCCCAAGUCUAUCAACUCUCGGGUCUUCAUCGGAAACCUCAACACAGCUGUGGUGAAGAAGUCAGAUGUGGAGACCAUUUUCUCCAAGUAUGGCCGUGUGGCCGGCUGUUCUGUGCACAAAGGCUAUGCCUUUGUCCAGUAUGCCAACGAGCGUCAUGCCCGGGCAGCUGUGCUGGGAGAGAAUGGGCGGGUGCUGGCCGGGCAGACCCUGGAUAUCAACAUGGCUGGAGAGCCCAAGCCCAACAGACCUAAGGGGCUAAAGAGAGCAGCAUCUGCCAUAUACAGUGGCUACAGCUUUGACUAUGAUUACUACCGGGACGACUUCUACGACAGGCUCUUCGACUAUCGGGGCCGCCUGUCACCUGUGCCAGUGCCCAGGGCCGUCCCUGUGAAGCGACCCCGGGUCACAGUCCCCUUGGUCCGGCGCGUCAAAACCACCAUACCUGUCAAGCUCUUUGCCCGCUCCACAGCCAUUACUGCCAGCUCAGCCAAGAUCAAAUUAAAGAGCAGUGAGCUGCAGACCAUCAAGACAGAGCUGACACAGAUCAAGUCCAACAUCGACGCUCUGCUGGGCCGCUUGGAGCAGAUUGCUGAGGAGCAGAAGGCCAACCCAGAUGGCAAGAAGAAGGGCGACAGCAGCAGUGGCAGUGGUGGGGGUAGUAGUGGUGGCAGCAGCCGGCCACCAGCCCCCCAAGAGGACACGGCUUCUGAGGCAGGCACGCCCCAGGGAGAAGCACAGACUCGAGACGACGGCGAUGAGGAGGGACUGCUGACACACAGUGAGGAAGAACUGGAGCACAGCCAGGACACAGACGCAGAGGAUGGGGCCUUGCAGUAAGCAGCCUGGCAGGAGUGAUGGCCACCGGCAGGAGAAGGGCAUGCACUGUACCAGGCCUAAAGCUGGGCACCCACCCCUGGAGACUACCCCCAGCGGGUCCCAGGAGAGCUGGCAGCAGGCACCUCCUCCUCCACACAUCCCAGCCAGUGCCACAUCCUCUGCAGGUGGAGUUAUUGGCCUUCCCUUCCCAAGUGCCCUCCCUUUUGGCACUGCCCAGGCCAGAGGGCAGAGCACAGAAGUUUCCCUACACUCUACCUCCCCUCCCAGGACACUCCCAGGCUUGGGGUUUUUCUAUAGGUUGGAGAGGGGAGGGUCACAGGGAGGGUACCCUGACAAUAAAGAGAUUGGAUCCCAA